AUGCCGUUGAAGACCUUCACCCCGUCUGCACCGUCCCCUUCCAUCCCAGGCUCAGAACCACCUCCAGACGUGCCUCUCGCUCCACCUCCAUGGACGCUGACCGCCAAGCUGUACCUCUUUGUCACCGGCGCCGUCUCCGCCAACACCACCCAGCCACCCACUAGCGUCACCGGUCUCAACGCCUCUCCCGAAGUUCUCCAGGGUCUCCCGUUGGGUGCAUACCUGCCUCUUGAACAUAUCCACCCCUCUGCACUUGCCCUGAUCGAUGGCAAGCCGCAAUAUCAGGGCGGACUCUCAAAGAUCGUGCUUGUGCGCUACAGUGCCUCACCUGCGGGGCCUUACGACGAAAUCAUUCUCCUUGGGACGUUCAAGGACCCAAAUACGGGCGAGAUCACUCCAAGGAUCACGAACAUCUACGUGAGCACUGACAAGAGUGUGUGGAACGGCCGUCGUAACUGGAAUAUCCCCAAGCAUCGCGCGCGAUUUGAGUGGACCGAAACCGGACCCCACACGUCGACUGUCAAGAUAUACCACCCUUCUGACAUUCCAGGCCCCCUCUCCUCCGAGACCCCCUUCUUCAGCGCGGUCGUCACCGAUUCUCGACUGCCGUCCAUCCCCGUCAACACCUCCCUUUCCAUUUUCAACUCUGCCACGCGCCUGGUGCAACCCCCGAUUCUCCCCGGUUUGUACCCCAAGGAUUCGCCGCUCGCCGCCGCGGCGAUUGGCACAGACGGCGGGGAAGGUGGGAGGGACAAUGGAUGGCUGCAGACGGUACCGGUGUAUAAGGGGUGGGCGAAGCCCGCUUACAUCGCCGGUGCACUCGGAGAGCCGCAGAGUGGAAGGAAGACAGUUGUUGGCGAUGGGGUUGGAUUCCCGCAGUAUACGCCUUGGCGCAUUGGUGGGUGUUUUGAAGGCUCGAUCGACUUCCCGGCGUCCACGGAGGUCGGAAAGUCUAAGACAGCCUGAUAUCCUGAUUGACCGGUUUUGUAUUUGUAUCGGUACAUCUUGAGCUUCUACUGAAAGCCAUGUCGUUCUUGUUCAAUUCAUGUCUAGCCCACUGCUCUC